AUGUUUAUAGAGCGCAGCCAAUUUCUGCCCACUCUCCUGGAGAGCCUGCUGCGCUACGGCCUUUUUCUGGGCGCCCUGUUCCAGCUGGUCUGCAUUCUCGCUAUAAUAAUCCCUUUGUCCAAGGGGCACGAUCAGGACGCUGAGCCCCAUGAUGCGCGCAGUGCGGAGCAGAUCAAGAAACCCAAAGGACCCGCCCCCCAGCUGCGACAGAAGCUGAAGAAGGAGAGCAAGAAAAAGAGAUGACCUGGCGCAGGGGCUGUGCCCGCGUGUGAGAUCGCAGUUAGGAGGAGCAUCGGAAGUGGCUGUGUCAGGCCAAGGAGACAGAUUUGUGACAGGGCGGCUGAGCGAUCUCAAAUAGAUAAAAAGUGAAAUCCUUUUCAUGCACAGGGGGUUAAUAUUGAGGCCAAGGGCAGGGUGGAGUUGGACACCUCUGUUUCCUCCGGCUGUGAAGGGGGUGGUCUCCAGAAAGCCCACAGUCUCUGUGAGGGAGGAGCUGAGUCCUAGGUGUCAUGUUUUGCCUGUGCUCUGCAGCACCUCACUUAGGGCUUUGGCUUGCAGUGUGAAUGGAAAUUCCAGAGGUAAAGAAUGAGCUGAAGCACACAAGGAAAGGGGUGAAGUGGAGUGCUUCUGUGAAAUUCCAAGAAUCUGCAGAAGGCAGCCCUUCAGAGCUCAGAAUGAAACCUUUCGCUGGCCUGUGCACGCCGUUUUCACUUUUUAUCACGUGAACCUGUUACAGACCUGUUUCAGACUUUCUCAUGCUACUAAAGCCAAUCGUCAUCUGUUUACCACUGCAUAGCAGCCUUGACUCUGACCAGCUGAAACUUCCUGGUAUUGACAUACCACAUGCUCUCACUAACUGUGGCCUACGUACGUGGGCAUUGUUUUUUCGUUGUUGGCUUCAGUAGUCUUUUCAAACCAAAUAUUUGGACCCUUUGUUUGAACAGUCCAUUCCCAAGCAUUCUGGACAUGGAAGAGACUUGAAGCAAAAGCAUUUCCUUCUGAAAGCUUUUGUAUGCUUCCCUGGGUUUAGUACGUUGUGCUUGGGCAGGCCUUUCACAUAAUAUAUUUUUAAUCGGGUGCUUUAAAUAUAGUGGCCCCAACCAGCAUUUUCACUACACCUGUCCAUAUAUAGGAGAUGCAUGAGAAUGAUAACUGAAUAUUGCAUACUUAGGAAUGCAGCGUCCAAGCACAAGUAAUCUUGCGACUCAAAAUAGUACGCAAAGUGCACGUACGGUUUUUCUAAUAGGUAUUUUUACAUUUGGUUGACAAAUACCCAUUGGAGCCACUACUUGUCCUUGUAUUAUCAUUCACAAGUAAUGUUUAGGUACAGUACUAUCUACACUUGACCUAAACUCUGUGAAAUCUCCAGACAAUGCAUUUUAAGCUCUUGAACACUGGUGUAAAACCUCUUUGAAAAGGUUUGGAACAGUUUAUUUUACUACCAUUCUUGUUGUGUGCACAGCUGUAAGAAAAUCACCGUGUUUAACGUGGGCUUUGUUUAUGCUCUCCUCAACUUAGUCUUGUUUGUUACAUUUCUCCUUCAGAAUGUGUCACGGCAUUGUUUUUUUACAUAUUGCAAAACACUUUUUGCUCUGUCUGGGGCUUGAUGUUUUUUGUGUGCCGGCAUUUACUCCCUUUUUAAAAAAAAAGUAUGUAAUAUUAACAUCCGCCAUUGCAUGCCUUGUUCCUAGAGUGAAUCUCUUCACAUUUUGAUUUCCUUUUUUUUUCUUGUGGCAUCAUGUCUGUGCACAAAAGCGCUAAAGAAACUGAGGCAAGACUGAACUCGCUUCCUUAGUGUCUGAUGUGCGGUACAAGCUGAGAUGUUUUCCUGUAAAUGUAUGGAACACUAAGGAAAUAAAUUCCGCCUUGAGAAUUUUUCUACCCA